UUCAUAUCGCAGUUCAAGUUCCACAAACCACCAUAUGCCUAUGUCUCAGUGGCUCUUACGCGCUACUAUUGGGUCUGCGUCUGCAUUUGCGGCGCAGCGUUUCUGUUCGCAUUAAGCCAACCGAUUGCGGUUUGUCCAACUGCUGAAAGAUGCCAAUAUUACCGCACGUCAUCAUGGGCAAUCGCGUUGGAGGUGGCUCUGACAGUCAUUGAUAUAAUUACCGACUUCCUUGUGAUGUUGAUUCCGGUAUCUCUCAUUUUCAUGGCCAACUUCUCACGCCUCCACUCACUCAUCAACGGUGUCUUCAAAGGGCUUUCUAUCUUCAGCAUCAUCGUCGCAGCAACCCGGCUGGCCUUCAUACUGUCCCGACAUUCUCCUCGAAUUGACUAUGUUGGCCUCGUCUUUCUGCUCCAAGUGGAAGGCGCCGUGGCUAUUUCAAUGGCUAGUAUCUCCAGCUAUCGGGUUAUUAUUCUG